GCCUCGCGCGGCGGCGGGUGAGGAGCCUGAGGCGGCGGCGGGGGCGGCUCCGCGCGCAGUGGGCUCGGGGGCAAGGAAAUAUGGCAGCAAGGCGAAUUGCACAAGAGACUUUUGAUGCUGUAUUACAAGAAAAAGCUAAACGAUAUCAUGUGGACCCCACUGCUGAGACUGUAGGAGAAACUCUUCAGUUUAAAGCUCAAGAUCUCUUAAGGACAGUCCCAAGAUCCAGAGCGGAUAUGUAUGAUGAUGUUCACAGUGACAGCAGAUACUCCCUCAGUGGAUCUGUAGCUCACUCUCGAGAUGCUGGGAGAGAAGGCCUGAGAAGUGAUGUGUUUCCAGGACCCUCCUUCAGAUCAAGCAACCCUUCCAUUGGUGAUGACAACUACUUUCGGAAAGAAUGUGGUCGGGAUCUAGAAUUUGCCCAUGUUGACACCCGGGACCAGGUCUUUGGCCACCGGAAAUUGGGGCAUUUCCAUUCUCAAGACUGGAAAUUUGCACUCCGUGGCUCUUGGGAGCAAGACUUUGGCCGCCCAGUUUCCCAAGAAUCCUCCUGGUCACAAGAGUAUAGUUUUGGUCCUUCUGCUGUGUUGGGGGACUUGGCCUCCUCCAGGCUGAUCGAGAAAGAGUGUUUGGAAAAAGAGAGUCAAGAUUAUGAUGUGGACCAUCCAGGGGAGGCUGACUCUGUUUCCAGAAGCACUGGUCAAGUUCAGGCCAGAAGCCGAGCUCUAAACAUCAUUGAUCAGGAAGGCACCCUUCUAGGAAAGGGGGACACUCAGGGCCUGCUUACAGCAAAGGGUGGUGUUGGGAAACUUGUCACACUGAGAGGUGUGACCACAAAAAAAGUACCCGUUAUAAAUCGUAUUACUUCCAAAACUCAGGGCACUAACCAAAUCCAGAAAGCCACCCCAAGUCCUGAUGUGACCCUGGGGACAAACCUAAGGACAGAAGACAUCCAGUUCCCCACUCAGAAGAUCCCUUUGGGGCUUGAUCUAAAGAACAUUCGGUUCCCUAGAAGAAAGAUGAGCUUUGACGUUAUAGAUAAGUCUGAUGUGUUUUCAAGAUUUGGGAUAGAAAUAAUUAAAUGGGCAGGAUUCCAUACUAUAAAAGAUGAUGUUAAAUUUUCCCAACUUUUCCAGACUCUCUUUGAACUUGAAACUGAAACCUGUGCUAAAAUGCUUGCCUCAUUCAAAUGCUCCUUAAAACCAGAGCACAGAGAUUUUUGCUUUUUUACUAUCAAAUUUUUAAAGCACUCUGCUUUGAAAACACCCAGAGUUGAUAAUGAAUUUUUAAACAUGCUUUUAGACAAAGGUGCUGUGAAGACCAAAAAUUGCUUUUUUGAAAUCAUAAAGCCCUUUGACAAAUACAUAAUGAGGCUUCAAGACCGACUUCUGAAGAGUGUUACACCCUUGCUCAUGGCCUGCAAUGCCUAUGAGCUCAGUGUCAAGAUGAAGACCCUAACUAACCCUCUGGACUUGGCUAUUGCCCUAGAGACCACCAAUUCUCUCUGCCGGAAAUCUUUAGCCCUUUUGGGACAGACAUUCUCAUUGGCUUCUUCUUUCCGGCAAGAGAAAAUCUUAGAAGCUGUUGGCCUCCAAGAUAUAGCUCCCUCUCCUGCUUCCUUUCCAAACUUCGAGGACUCCACUUUGUUUGGGAGAGAGUAUAUAGACCAUCUGAAAGCAUGGCUGAUCACCAGUGGGUGUCCCUUACAGGUCAAGAAGACUGAAGCAGAGCCAGCACGAGAUGAGGAGAAAAUGAUUGCUCCUAUGAAACCAGAAAUUCAGGCCAGGGCUCCAAGUGGUCUGAAUGAUGCAGUUCCCCAGCGAGCAGAUCACAAGGUGGUGGACACCAUUGACCAGCUUGUCACACGCAUUGUGGAAGGCACCCUCUCUCCCAAAGACAGAUCUGUUCUCAAGGAAGACCCUGCUUACUGGUUUUUGUCUGAUGAAAAUAGUCUGGAAUAUAAGUAUUAUAAGCUGAAGUUAGCAGAGACCCAGCGGAUGAGCCAGACCUUGCAAGGAACCGACCGGAAGCCAACAUCUGCCGAGUGUGCAGUGCGGGCCAUGCUGUAUGCCCAGGCAGUACGGAACCUCAAAAAAAGACUGCUUCCCUGGCAGCGUCGGCGGAUCCUUCGUGCUCAGGGACUCCGGGGCUGGAAGGCAAGGAGAGCAACCACUGGGACCCAGACCCUCCUGUCGUCAGGCACCAGGCUAAAACAUCAUGGUCGGCAGGCUGCAGGCUCCUCACAGGCAAAGUCAUCCCUACCAGAUGGAAACAAUGCUACCAAGGACUGCCCACCAGACCCAGCCAGACACUCUCCUCAGGACCCCAGCCCAGAAGCUUCAGGCCCAUCCCCUAGACCAGUAGAAAUGGAUGUCUCUGAAACCCCUCACACCUCCUCUCCCAGCCCAUCUGCUGACGUUGACGUGAAGACCAUGGAGACUGCAGAGAAACUGGCCAGAUUUGUUGCUCAGGUGGGACCAGAGAUUGAGCAAUUCAGCAUAGAAAACAGCACCGAUAACCCUGACCUGUGGUUCCUACAUGACCAAAAUAGUUCUGCUUUCAAAUUCUACCGGAAGAAAGUGUUUGAACUGUGCCCAUCUAUUUGUUUUACAUCAUCACCCCUCAGCCUUCAGGCCAGCAUGGGUGGCGAGAGUGCAGACUCUCAGGAGAGCCCCUUAGACCAUGCGGAAAGGGAAGGAGAGUUAGAGGAUGAGCACCCUCAGCAGGAGGCUGAGCUGGAGAGCCCAGAGGUGAUGCCCGAGGAGGAAGAAGAAGAGGAGGAAGAGGAUGAGGAGGAUGAGGAGGAUGAAGGGGGAGAGGAGGCCCUUGCUCACAGAGCCUCCAGGCCGGGAGUAAGAGCUGACAAGUCUGAGGGCUCUGAGGGAAGCCCCCCUGCUGAUGGCCUCCCUGGCGAAGGUGCUGAGGAUGACCCAGCCGGAACUCCUGGCUUGUCACAGGCCACCUCCAGCACCUGCUUUCCGCGGAAGAGGAUCAGCAGCAAAUCACUGAAAGUUGGCAUGAUUCCAGCUCCCAAGAGGGUGUGUCUCAUACAGGAGCCACAAGUCCAUGAACCAGUUCGAAUUGCCUAUGAUAGGCCUCGAGGUCGUCCCAUGUCCAAAAAGAAGAAACCCAAAGACUUGGACUUCGCCCAGCAGAAGCUGACUGACAAGAAUCUGGGCUUUCAGAUGCUGCAAAAGAUGGGCUGGAAGGAGGGCCAUGGUCUGGGCUCCUGCGGGAAGGGCAUCCGGGAGCCCGUCAGCAUGGGAACUGCCUCAGAAGGGGAGGGCUUGGGUGCCGAAGGGCAGGAGCAUAAAGAAGACACAUUUGACGUGUUCCGUCAGAGAAUGAUGCAGAUGUACAGACACAAACGGGCCAACAAAUAGAUCAGAACCACUGAUGAGAAAGAUAAACCUUGAAGCCGCAAUUACUCUUAAACCAUCAUCCUGCCCUGGAUCUGCCUGGAGCCCAAGUACGGUGUGGUGUUUCCAGGGUCUCUUCCACGAGGACGACAGGCAUCCGGAAAGUGCUAACCUGCCACUUUGGGUGCUUACCGUCUCUGACUUGUUUCCAUCACUGGAAAUCCCAUAGACAAUGUUAGUGAUUUUGGUUCUUGGUAAAAUCUAGAAGAUGUUUGUGAUGUUACCAAAUGAAAGUUUUGUUUUUUAAGAACCUAAGAAGUUGUGAAUGUUGUCAAUCAUUUAGCAGUUGCAAUAAAUGUAGAGGAAACCCAGUUUCCUGUGAUCUCAA